AUAACAGAAUGAAAAGCAUAAAAACGACUGUUUCAUCUUUUUCACCCUCAACAAUUAUCAUCCUCUCUGUGAAAUUCGAAUCCCUUUUCUAACGAAACCAAACCCCAGAAAAUCCCAUACCAAAGGAGCACAAAUUGUUCAACCCCAAUUCACAUUCCGCACUGCCCUAAUUGUCGUCCGUUGCACUGUUUCACAAACGCGGACAAUUGGCGGCGAUUCCUGCAAAAAAAAUCCAGCUGUAGAGAGAGAGAGAGAGAGGCAGGAGAUGGAGCAUCAGGCGCAGCACGAACAAGACGACGACGUUUACGGCGGCGAUGUGCCUGAGGAUGCUUACAUGGAGUCCGAUUUCGACCCUUCUGCCGAUGCCGAAGCUGCUGAGGACUCCAAAUCUAAGGAGUUGGAGGGUAUGAAGAAGAGAUUGCAGGAAAUUGAGGAAGAAGCAGGUGCACUUCGCGAAAUGCAGGCUAAGGUCGAAAAGGAGAUGGUUUCGAAUCAAGAGGAUUCAACAGGUGGAUCUGCUAACCAGGCUGAAAAGGAAGAGGUGGAUGCUCGAUCCAUAUAUGUUGGUAAUGUGGAUUAUGCAUGUACACCUGAGGAGGUGCAGCAGCACUUUCAAUCUUGUGGGACAGUAAACAGGGUCACUAUCUUGACCGACAAGUUUGGUCAACCCAAAGGUUUUGCUUAUGUAGAGUUUGUGGAGGUCGAGUCAGUUCAAAAUGCUGUGCUACUAAAUGAAUCCGAACUGCACGGCCGUCAGCUGAAGGUAUCUGCCAAGAGAACUAAUGUUCCUGGAAUGAAACAAUACCGAGGAAGACGUCCAAAUCCAUAUUUUGGGUCGAGAAGGCCUUUUAUGCCUGGUCCACCUGCUUACCCUCCUUAUGGUUAUGGGAGGGUUCCAAGGUUCAGGCGCCCUAUGCGCUACAGGCCAUACUGAAAGCAGCAUCUUUCCGAGAUGGCCGACCUGCUGUAAGAUAGAGGGAAUGAAUAUGGACAAACAAUUGACCUUCAUUCAAUUGUACCUGCUUAUAAUUUAUACCUUUCCCUUGAUAACUUGGGCAUAUUUUUAUUUUUAUUUUUAAUUUUAUUUAUCGAGAGGCAUAGCGAGAGGCCAGAUUUAGUUUGAUAUUGAAAACUCCUUUUUCGACUUCAGUUGUAACAUUAUGUCAUUAGCUGCAUCCAACUACAAUAACUUAUAGGCAACAAAUGGAUUAAAAAAACUAAUAGCUAGGUUGUUUUAUUGUUGUCUUUAUUUUCUUUAGGUGUUUGUUCAUGUUGUCCCGACCUCAUAUUAUCGAGCAUGUAAUGUAUGUACUUUUAUAAUUCGGUGCAUCAACCUGAUCAUUAUGUGUCCAGAAAUUUCUCGGCAUGUUCGUGUACCGUGUCAAAUAUUUAUGGCUUAAUAUACUUGAAUGCAUUUCUAUUCA